GCUUUGAAGUUGAGCAUGGCUGAAACGGCUGGUCUUCUUUGCCGGAUGUCCGGGGGGUCCGGCGGGCGGGCCGGCUCAUCCCGAGGGACAAGACUCUCAAGUGCUCCAACGGGUAUCCAGUCCCCAUGGCGCUCCAUUGACGCAUUCACGUCGCAAGCUUCUUGAACCGUCCCCCCGAAUAAUUGUGUCCUUUGUCUGCCUCCCGUCGCGCGCUAUCGAGAUCACCGCGCACGCCGCAGACAGCACGACUCAAUGGCUGACCGCCUCGAUGCGAUUCCAGCGCAGCCCCAUGCAUCUGGUGGCCCCGGCGCGCCAAGUAUGUUAUGUAAAGCGUUGCGUGUUCGGCCGGGGUACCUGAGGGACUUAUUCGCGCAACACGCACUAUGUCCCACACUAGCGGGAUCAGCGAGCGAACACAACUCCUUUGUCUCCCAUCCGGGGCGUGCAUCUAGUGGGUCCGAUGGCGAGCUUACCAUGUGGGGCGGGGCUGUAUCUCCCUGUAUCUCCUCCGACGUUUAAUGUUCCUGGCCUUGACCUUGUGUGCUCAUAUGUGGUGUGUUACGAGUGACGGCGUGGCACCGCUCGGGGAGGAUUUUCUGGGGAUCGACCCGCGUACAUAUAAGAAGCUUGCUUGCGCGGGGUGGUGCACACACAUACCCGCUCCUUCUCGGGCUCCUUCCGGUGCAUACACUCAGCCAGAUUCGCCGCGAUGUCGACCACAUGUGAGAAAGCCUCGUCGGACUCGCUGGCCAAAAUACGCGACCUCCCAUUCGCGAAUUCGUCAGAGGCGAUGGCGCGUCUGCCCACUGCCGAGGAGCAGAAUACACUCCGCCGCGUGGCUGGCCGGAUCCCGUGGGCAGCGUACCUGAUCUGCCUGGUAGAGUUCGCGGAACGGGCUUCGUACUACGGAUGCGCGGGAGUCUUCGCCAACUUCAUCCAACGGCCACUUCCCGAAGGCGGCAACGGAGCCGGCGCCCCACCUAGAGGGACACAGGAGACUGCCGGCGCCCUGGGCCUGGGCCUCGUCGCAGCGACCGGGCUGUCCCAGAUGUUUACGUUCCUCGCGUACACGCUCCCCAUUGUUGGCGGGAUCCUCGCAGACACGCGAUGGGGCCGCUUCAAGACAAUCUGCAUCGGCACAGCCAUCGGCGCGGUCGCGCAUGUGACGCUCGUUCUCUGUGCCCUCCCAGCUGUCAUUUCCGCUGGCCAUGCGUUGGCUCCGUUCAUCGUUUCCAUUCUUCUGCUCGCGCUGGGCACUGGGUGCAUCAAGACUUGCAUUGCGCCUAUUAUCGUCGAUCAGUCGACCGUGAUGUCCCAGUCUGUCGUUGUCCUUCCGUCUGGCGAGAAAGUCAUCGUCGAUCCGGGGGCUACCAUCCAAAGCAUGCUCAUGAUAUACUACUGGUCGGUCAACAUCGGCGGCUUUUUCUCCGUCGCGACAAGCUACGCGGAAAAGAGAGUUGGAUUUUGGCUCGCCUAUCUGGUUCCCGGCAUCUUGUACAUGCUCAUGCCGAUCACUUUGGUCAUCGUGUAUCCCAAGCUUGUGCGACUCCCUCCGCAAGGAUCGGUCGUGCUCGAUGCGUUCCGGGUGUUUAGAACCAUCUUCGAACGUGCUGGACUGAAGGGUAUGUUGAAAGGCGGAGAUAACUGGAAUCUGGCGAAGCCGACCUCUUUCGCGACUUCUGAUGAGCUCGAGAGAACGAGUCGGAUCAGAUGGGAUGACGAAUUCGUGGAUGAGUUGAAACGAACCAUCAAGGCUUGCAAACUAUUUUUAUUCCUGCCUAUCUUCAGUCUUGCGGACGGCGGAGUUUCCGUGAUAUUGGCCAAUCAAGGCGCGUCGAUGACCACCGAUGGGGCUCCUAACGAUCUUCUGUCCAACUUCAACGCGCUUACCAUCGUGGUGGCGAUCCCGCUCCUCAACUUCCUCGUCUAUCCCGCUUUGCGGCACGUCGGAAUCAACUUUUCGCCGAUCCGCCGCAUCGUCUUCGGAUUCCUCGUCACAGCAGCCGCGAUGGUCAUGGGGGCGGUCGUCCAAUGGCGAGUGUACCAGACCUCGCCGUGCGGAUAUCACGCGUCGACGUGCACGAUCGGGACGGGCGUCUCGCCGAUCUCGGUCUGGGUGCAGAUCCCGCUGUACGCGCUGCCGGCGCUGGCCGAGAUAUUCAUCAUCGUCACGGCAUACGAGAUCGCGUACACGAGUGCCCCGCGGAAUAUGAAAGGGGUUGUGAUGGGCCUGGUGCUGUUCACGAACGCCAUCUCAUCGGCGAUCAUGCUCGUCAUAUCCCCGGUGUUCGUCGACCCGAAUUUGAUCUGGCCGUUCGUCGCGCUGGCGGGUGUGCUGCUGCUCAGCGCGGUGCUGAUCUGGGCGUUUUUCAGGGACAUGGACCGGGAUAGUGUGUCAGUGGAGCGGGAAUAGACUGUAACCGUCGAGUGUAACGUGAAUAUUAUAGACUUUUGAGAUCCGCAACAAAUUCAAGUAUGGGAGGCCGCCCGCACAACGAGUGCUAGUUAAAUGACUGUUUAAACUUGGAGGUCUAGAGUUCAAGAUCAUCCUGCAGCCUGCCCCUUCGUUGUGUCAGGAAUUCUCGACACGGAGAGUAAGCGGUCCUCUACACCCCGCAAGACGCACUGAUCUGCAAGUGCGUUAGAAUUAUGUGUGCGGAACGAAUCUAGAGCUCUCUCCAGCUGGGCUGGAAGCUUGUCAUGAGCCACAUUGAACAUCCAGAUUGCGAUGCAGCGUUUCGGACGUGGGCCCGGCGGAGCCUGAUCGGCCGAUCAACUUUGCCAUCAAGGGAGCUCCAUCGGGAACGCUCAACUUGAGUCCAUCCGCUUGCGCUUGGGCCGAAAGUCCGAUCCUAUCCGUCUCUUUGCGCGAACUUAUGACAUGUCUGUCACCGAUCGCUUUGGGAGACCGUUUGGAAGUUACAGUCGCAUGUUCGAGUCGGACGAAAACAAGUUCCGGGCGCUCGACGUUUCGUUCGGGGACACGCGAUUUUGCAUCCGGGGGAUGCAACGGGGAGCAGAGCGACGGCGAGAGCCCGGCCGGGCCCCUGUUAUCAACGAUCCAUCAUGCAAAACAUGAGGGUCCACGAGAAGUGAGCCUCUCGCACUCAGAUUGACUCAUCGUCUGUCAGUCCAUCCGAAGUCAGCGUACAUGUGCAGACAUUUCCACGUGUAAACCUGUGUCUUUGGAGUCGAUCAGGUCUGGUGGUCGGCGCCCAAAUCACGAAAUAUGUAGCCCUAAGCUGUUGGCUGCAAGUGAAGGUGAGAUACCGAUGGAUUUACCCCCCGGCGUGAUCUGAAGACCAAGGUAUCUUGUGGCCAUGAGAGGGAACUCAAUGGAAAACACAUCAUAGAAAAUUGAGGAAUCAUGUUGGACUCCGGGGCUGGGGAUUCACCGUCUCACCGCCGCAUGGCACCGUACGACCACGAAUGAAAUCUUGGACCUUCAUGAAUUGACGGAAGAAGCCAGGAGCAACCACUCCUGUCGACGGAGGCCGUGGACGUGCGAUUAUCAAUAUGCCGGGUUCUCUCCCAUACGGGCACCUUUCCCGGCCGGAGGAAGAAUGGGGCACAACGGAACUCUCUAUGAUCUCUGUGGCUCUAACCCUGCCAAGGAAGAAGUAUAAAUGAGAUGCAAUAAUUGCAGGUCGGGGCCAGAUCUUCUGAGUGUUUUCACACAUUCUCUCUACGCGCGCAUUCUUCCUGCUUACACCUGCACAUUUCUUCCCCCUCUACCCGCCUAAUAUUUCCAUGGCUUUCAGCAAAACUCUGACCGUGCUUGCUGUGGCUGCCGUCGCGGCGGCUAAAAGCGCCAUGGUGCUGCACAGUAGCCUGGCCGCGGUCCCUGCUGGUUUCGUCAAUCACGGUCCGGCUCCAGCGACCCACGAGCUGGAACUGCGAUUCGGCCUUGCGGGCAACGAUGUCAAGGGACUGCAGACCAAGCUGAUGGACGUUUCGACACCAGGGAGCGCCAACUUCCGUCAAUGGCUCUCAAAAGAGGAGGUUCGUCCAGUGUAUUUCGGCGCAAAGUGCUGGGUGGAUUGAGUACAUGCAGGUUAAGGCGUACAUGGCGCCCUCCGCGGCGACAUUGUCGGCUUUCAAUGCCUUCGCAUCCGCCCAUGGGUUCAACACGACCAAGAUUUCGCCGUAUGGAGAAUGGAUCACCAUCACGGUCCCCGUGGCCAAGGCCAACGAGCUUUUCGAUGCCAACUUCGAGCUGUUCUCCCACCCCGACCUCAGUUCCGUCUGACUUCAAUGUCGCAGACAAUACCGCGCAGUGGAGAUACGACCAGUAGCGAUCACCUAAAGACACAGAGUCUCAGCGAGUGUAAG